AAACUUCAUAAAGGAGAAAACGCUAUCUCAACAUUACACACUUUCUCAAUGGCUCCGAAGAAACACCAACUCCAAAUUCUUCCAGCAGCAGCCGCCAAUGCUUGGGGGAUCAGAACCACUUUCCAUUCCCUCAUUGCCCUCCUCGUCGCUGUUCUCGUCAUAAUCACCGUUUAUCUUACGCAAAACAGUGGAGAGCUCACACAAGACAGGACUACUGGUAAAAGUUCAGGCGACUUGCUUUCCCAGUGCAAUUUGUUCUCCGGCAAGUGGGUUUUCGAUAACAAAACUUACCCUUUGUACAAAGAACAGCAGUGCACUUUCAUGUCUGAUCAGUUGGCCUGUCAGAAGUUUGGCAGGAAGGAUUUAGACUACCAGAACUGGAGGUGGCAGCCUCACCAAUGUGAUCUUCCGAGGUUCAAUGCCACGGCAUUGCUCGAGAGGCUAAGGAACAAGAGGCUUAUGUUUGUCGGAGACUCGCUCAACAGAGGUCAAUGGGUUUCAAUGGUGUGUCUUGUCGACUCCUCCAUUCCUCCUGCCAAAAAAUCCAUGCACCAGAAUGGUUCAUUGGCAGCCUUCAAGGCCUUCGAAUAUAAUGCAACGAUCGAGUUCUACUGGGCUCCGCUGCUAGUGGAAUCAAACUCCGAUGAUCCAGUAAACCACCGUGUACCUGAUCGGAUUGUGAGAGUUCAGGCAAUUGAAAAGCAUGCUAGGCAUUGGACAGAUGCAGAUAUACUCGUUUUCAAUACCUAUCUUUGGUGGAGGAGAUCCCAAAUGAAAGUUCUGUGGGGAUCAUUCGAAAGCCCAGAUGGAAUUUACAAACCAGUAAAGAUGCCAAGAGUUUAUGAAAUGGCUUUGAAGACAUGGGCCGACUGGCUGGAGGUGCACAUUAACCGAACCAAAACACAAUUGUUCUUCGUCAGCAUUUCACCAACUCACCAAAAGGCUGCAGAGUGGGGAGGAGCUGAAGACGAAAACUGCUACGGCGAAACAGAGCAAGUGUUCAAAGAAGGAUACAGAGGAAAAGCGACAUGUCCAGAGAUGAUGAGAGUGGUGGAUAGAGUUCUGGAUGACCUGAAAACAAGAGGAUUGAAUGUGCAGAUGAUAAAUAUUACGCAGCUCUCAGAAUACAGGAAAGAAGGGCAUCCAUCUAUAUACAGAAAGCAAUGGGAACCCUUAACAGAAGAACAAAUAUCGAAUCCAAAAACUUAUGCAGAUUGUAUACAUUGGUGUCUCCCUGGAGUGCCUGAUGUCUGGAAUCAGCUUCUUUAUGCUCAUAUUAUUAAUCUUUGAUACUUAAUUUACAACUUAAUCCAAAUUGGAUUUUUUUUUCUUUUUCAAAUCCUGGAAAUUUAUUCAAGAAAUCCCAGCAAAUUUGGGACUUUCGCA